AUGCAGCACUCAAAUACCGGAGGAGGCUUUUUCUCCAAGAUCAAGGAGAAUUAUAGUUCAAAGUUUGCUAAUCUUUCGCUUGCUGGUGGAAACAUUGAGAAAGAUGGUGCUACUGAAGAUGAUACUCUUAUUCACCGCUCAUUUGUCAAAUAUUACGAAUCGAAAGGCUUGGCAUACCCUGAGUGGCUUGGGGUCAAAACCUUUGAGCUGCAAAACCAUAACCAACCAACUCAGUAUGGAAGAUCGCUGAACUAUAAUUCGAAAUUGGCGGCAAAUUCAAAUGGACCACAGAAUGGACGAACACAUGCAUAUAGGAACCAUUCUGCACAAAGCUAUGCGGAUUCAGAGUUCCAGCCAGUUAGACAAGACAACCUUUUUAACAAUAGCUAUUCGCAAAGGAGCCUUAAUCUGCUGCUGCAGCUGCAGAUGCAGCUGCAACACGGGUUGGGACAAGCUCAAUCUACACAGCCACAAUCGGAUUUGAGUAGAGGAAGUAGUAGGUCAAGCGCACCAUCAGUUCAACGAAGUUCGAGUAGAUUACAGGAUAUGUAUAAUAAAUCUAGACAACAAUCAGCUACAUCGGGUUAUUCAUCUGCAAGAUAUAGUCGGUGA